GCUGUCCAAAACCCUCACAAAACCCAACCCCCCACCCCCACGAGCUUUCCUCUCGAGUUUCUUCCCAAGAAUCGAUCUUUAAUCGCAAAAGAUAUGGUCCAGUUCACCGGUAGCAUCGCCCGGCAAUCCCCAGCCGUGUUCCGGUUGGUGAGCCUCUCCCGCGCGCACCCUUUACAUUUCGCCCCGGUUCAUGCCAAGGCGGUCCGGAAAGGCGUGUUCUGGAGCUCUUCCUCGUGUCAAAAUCCUGCCUUUCCUCUGAAUUAUGGCCGCUCCGGGGUUCUUAGGGACUCGGGUAAGGUUGAAAUUGGGUUCAGGCAACUGGGUUUCAACCGGGCCCGGUUUUCGGCGGUUUCGGACGCGGGGUCUGGUGGAAGUGGUGAUAAUGGACGAUCUGGCGAUGGGAAUUAUGGAGGAAGAGGUGAAGGUGGCAGUGGCGGAGGCGGUGGGAGCAGUGGAAAUAACUGGUCCUUGCUUUCUUGGUAUCUGACCCUACUUGCAAAAUAUCCUGUGGCAACAAAAGCAGUGACUUCUGCAUUGCUAACAUUCCUUGGAGAUUUGAUCUGCCAGCUCGUGAUUGAUCAAGCGCCAUCAUUGGACCUGAAAAGAAACUUCUUAUUUAGUUUUUUGGGGCUGGUGUUAGUGGGUCCUACGCUUCACUUCUGGUACUUAUACUUGAGCCGCUUAGUAACUGUGCCUGGUGCAUCAGGAGCUUUUUUGCGCCUUCUACUUGAUCAGUUUAUUUUCUCUCCUCUGUUCAUUGGUUUUUUCCUAGCUACGUUGGUAACACUGGAAGGGAGGCCAUCAGACGUUGUUCCCAAGCUGCAACAGGAAUGGUUUUCUGCUGUUCUUGCAAAUUGGAAGCUCUGGAUACCAUUCCAGUUUCUCAAUUUUCGUUUUGUCCCACAGCAAUUUCAGGUCCUUGCCGCUAAUGUUAUUGCUUUGGUUUGGAAUGUGAUUCUAUCAUUCAAAGCUCAUAAAGAGAUUCUUCCUAAAUAGGUCAUUGUUCUUGAAGUCAAUUUUGUCCGCUGUUGAUGUCGCCUCAUGAAGUUUGGUGGCUCAGGAGAUGGGAGAACGUAAUUUUUCUCAUGUUUAUGUUGGUUUGGAUGGGUAGAUUGUGAUCUCGUGUUCAUUGGUAUGGAGAUGUAAUGUGGGAAUGAAUGGUUCAGUUGCUUUAAGCUUUCUUCCUUGCAAGGUGCAUUAGUUUCUAUCA